UGAACGAUUCGUAAUAUUGCUUACCACAAGAGAAGAAGAAAGAGCAGCUUAUAACGCACUCACAGCAGCGAAAACAACAUCUUUAACAUAUCAUUUCAUCUCACCAGUAAAUGCCCGAAGAUUCAACAUGGUUUGUGGCGGAUUUACGUGCUCGAAAAACGCCCUCUGUUCGCUAAAUGUAGUUUAUAUGCUGGUGGGUCUCCUGUUGAUUGUGGUAGCAGCAUGGGGGAAAGGCUUUGGCAUUGUCUCCAGCAUCCACAUCAUUGGUGGCGUGAUUGCCGUGGGCUUCUUUCUGCUGCUGAUCGCCAUUGUGGGACUCAUUGGAGCCGUCAAUCAUCACCAAGUCAUGCUUUUCUUUUACAUGGUCAUUCUCUUCGUUGUGUUCCUCUUCCAGUUUGGAGUUUCCUGUUCUUGCCUGGCCAUGAACCAGGGUCAACAGGAGAAGCUGCUGAAUUCAUCCUGGGGAAUGAUGAAUGACAACACAAGAAUCAGCAUUGAGAAGAAGCUGGACUGCUGUGGCUUGUUCAACAAUACACAGAACCUGGGAGUGUUUAUGUCUGACUUUCAACUCUGUGAUGCUCCAUGUGUAAAAAAGAGCUCCUGCCUCACCUGCGGUGAAAAGAUGCUUCAGCAUUCAUCAGAAGCUCUGAAGAUCCUUGGAGGAGUCGGCCUCUUUUUCAGCUUUACAGAGAUCUUAGGAGUUUGGCUGGCCAUGCGCUACAGGAACCAAAAGGACCCGAGGGCGAACCCCAGUGCUUUCUUAUAGUCCCUCAGACCGUCUGUCCUAAACUAUGUUUAGACUAGUCCAGCUAUUCCAGUUCCCUUUUGCACAGGUAGAGUGGAGCGCACCAAGAGACCAUUAAAGCAUUAAACGCAGAACACAACCACAGAUCCCGCUAACAAACUCACAUUUGCACACCCGGUUCAGAACACACUAGAUAACACACCGCACAAACAAACACAUCUAUUUUGAUGACCCAUUUUCCACACAAGGUCUGCAGAGGGCUAAUUUAAACCAGCAGGAGGAGGUUUCAUGUAUGAUAGGAAGCUCAUUCUGGCACUUCCCCCAUCCUUGAUGUGAGAAACUCUUCCUGUUUCCUGUAUGCAAAACGAAAAUCUGCAAUGUAAAGCCAUCGGUGUCUGCAUGUUCAUAGCCUCAGUUUCUUGUGACACGGUCAGCUCACUUAUGUACACAUAACUAGGUAUAUAGUGCUGAAAUGGUUCCUGUAGUUUCAGUGUAACAGAAAGUUAACCCACAUAAACUAUGUUAAUGUUUAGUAUCAGUUAGUCAUGUAUCUCCCAGGAAAACCGCAUCCAUGUCCGCUUUGAAUCAGUGCAGACCUGAAAAACACCUGUGUUUUGUGCAAUGCUUUAUGAAGUCCGUCUCGAUGAGGUGACCAGUCCAGCCUAUGGGAUAUUAGUUUAGGAAUUAGACAUAAAACGUGAAUAUUCAAAAAACACUUGUCUUACUGUGUGUAACUGAGCCAUGUGAAUGGGAGCUUUUCCCCUGCCGAUGGACUGCAGCCCUCCUGUUGUACAUAGUCUUUACCGUGACAGGGUCGACGUUCAACCAAUUUACAGAUUCUUUUCCAUUCUUAUUUAAACCGCAGAGAUCCUACCACCUCAGCCGGGUCUCGCUAUUCUCACUGGACUUUUUAAGUUCUUCAUUUCCUUUGAAGCUUAGUAUUACUCAUGGAUAUAGUGUUUUAAUAUCUUAUGCUUUGAUUUGUGGAUGUUUGUUGAAAUAAUUUUGGCGUGCUAUUUGCUCAGUUAUCUGUCAGCUUGGUUUAAGCCAUAUACUCAUGCACUAACUUGCAGUUUUUAUUAUUUGCAAUCAUGUAUCGCUUCUUUCCAGCUAUUUUUAAAAAGUACUAACGGCAUCAGGUCCAUAAUUUUAGCACUGAUUAAUGUGCCAUUUCAGUUAAAAAUUUCUUAUUUUGUGUUUUGCCAAAUCUCUCUCUUUUUGUUGUUGUUGCGCUUAUAAUUUUUUCUUGUUUUGUGCGAAUAGUGUUAAGUUGCCAAGUGUGCAUUUUUUGCAAUGUUAAACAUUGUUAUUGUAGUAGAUAGAUCAUUUGUAAUGACUUUUGUGCACAUGCAUAUGUUAAUUCCAUAUGUCCAGUAUGUUCUUGUGUUAAUUUGCUUAUGCAUAUUAAUAGAGGAACAUACUGGCUAAUACUCAAAGUCUUAACCGAUUUAGUUUCCGCCCCACAUGAUUGAGAAAAUGGAAACACUGAACCAUCACUCAGUGCAGCUUAAAUGUGUUCUGCUUCACUUGGUCAUGGUAUUAUGAGUGUGUUUCACUGAUGGAUUUUGAAGAGGUGAAAUCAAUGUCUGUGCUAUAGUAGUUAUUUAUUGCAAUUGUGAGAAGGCCACGUUACCCGACUCGGUAAGCUGUAAGCACCACUUUCCCUGGAUUUGCCUUGUAUUUUUGAAACUGACUUUUCCAAUUAAAUAUUCUUAGAUCAA